CGAAAAAAUGAAAAUUUGAUAGCCUGUAGAGUUUCGGGCGCUGAGUCGAAUGGUCUUGGUCCGACGCCUCUACGACGAAGCGUUCUUGAGAUAUUUCAAUUUUAGACACGCCCCUAUACCAAUGUAUUGUGACGUCAUUGUGGCAAAGUGCGAAACUAGCAGGGUUUGGGAUCGCACUUUCUUUUUGUCAUGUGCAACUUCCCUUCCUGCUUAGGAAAGUUUGCCAUUUCACCUGAACUACCGUGAUGCCGAAUUGUUGUGUGGUCGGUUGUUCCAGUAGAGCAAAUCAUCCUCCUGGGGUUAGUUUUCACAGAUUUCCCAAGCAUGACGACCUGGCAAAGCGCUGGGAUGUUGCUAUACGUCGGGAGAACUUGCCAGCGGAUUUUCGCAGCACUAGCUACGUUUGUUCCCUGCAUUUCUGCAAAGAGGAUUUCGCGAUACAGAGGGACUUGAGAGCCGAGUUGAUGAAUACUCCGUCCAGGAAGACACUCACCCAUGGAGCAGUGCCCUCAGUUUUUCCGGACCGUGAGCCUCCAGCGAAGCGGAAAUUCAACAAACUGCAACUGAGUAAGCAGGAGGUACGUGCCAUGCAACUUUUGAAAUUUUCUGGGUCUGAUGUUGGAUGUAGUCCCUCAUGCUGCGACUCUACUGUUUGUUCGUUCUCAUCAAUGUUGCCUGUAUAUCCUCAGAUUGCAUUGCCAUCAACUCCAACAGUUAUUGCAGCUGAGGUCGAUGAACCUGAGGUCGAGGUUGAUGAGCCAUGUACAUGUACUCCCACUAACGUUGGUACGCAAACUGUAAACCCUUCGUUCUCAUCAACUGCAACACAAACACACGACCCCCCGAGCAAGUACGAAGGGUACAGACAUGUUUGCUUGCGAUGCGCAGGCAGCAUGCACAAGGAAAUGUCUGACCAAUCCUGCCAAACUGAACCAGAACACGUGGACAGGCUAGAAGCUCUAUCACCGGCUACACCGAAAUUCAUGCAACCGUCUCCUGCGAAGGCAGACGUGCAGAAGACUCCAACAAAGCCGGCUAUGUAUCCCCAUCUUUGCAUCAGCCCAUCUACUGCAUCUGGUGAGAGUGACUCCACGCUCAGUGAUACUGAGUCUUAUGAUGAGGAUGAUGAUGAGGAUGAUGAUGAUGACGACCCCAUGGACGACGGCACUAGUGAGAUGUACCUAGUGUCGAAGUCAUCGUUAAAUCGACUGCUAUGUCGCUGCCUUGCAUGUGGCUCCCAAAUUCUAGAGAAGAAGGAAGCUGUGCAUGGCUCUAUGCUAACCGUCCAUACCACCUGCGCGAACGGUUGCACACAGACUUGGCACUCUCAAGAGUUAGUGAAGCGCCAACAGCCUAUCGCUAAUCUCCUAAUCGCAGCUGCAAUCAUCUUUAGUGGUGGCUGCUACGAGAAGUUUGCGUCGUUCGCGAAAUUUCUCAAACUGGCCUUCAUUGGGCAUAGCCUGUUCUUCCGCCACCAGAAGUCGACCAUUCUCCCCGUCAUACGAGCCGCUUGGACCAGGGAGAAAAUGCGUGUCUGGAACCUGUUACAAGGUCGCAAACUUGUGUUGUGCGGCGACGGGCGAUGCGAUAGCCCUGGCUAUUCCGCAAAAUUUGGCACAUACACCUUCCUGGAUGCCGAGACUAACCUGCUAGUCGAUUUCGAAGUGGUGGAGUGCACAGAGACUAACAGCUCUGUAGCAAUGGAGAAGGCCGGAUUUAUCAGGGUUCUUGAUCGCUGCAAGGAAGCCCUGGCUGUCGAUGUCGUCGUGACGGACAGAAGCCCGUCCAUCAAGGCAACUAUCCGCGACCAGUACCCUGGUAUAUGCCACCAAUUUGAUGUGUGGCACUUUGCCAAGAAUGUGGCCAGCAAGCUGCGGUCUGCUUGCCAUCGCAAGAGCCAUGCUCCGCUAUUGGCUUGGAUUCCCGCCAUAAUUAGCCACUUCUGGUGGUGUUGUAGUAACUGUGACGGCAGUGUCGACUUGCUGAAAGAACGUUGGCAGUCAGUGCUGUACCACGUCUGCAACACCCACGCAUGGACGGGAGGGCAGCUGUGCAGCACUUGUGCACAUUCUGCAUUGAGCGGCGAAGACGAACGAGCCAUCAAAUGGAUCAAAGCUGAUUCAGAACCUUACAAAGCAUUGAAAGGCAUCCUUUUGGACAAGAAACUCCUCAAAGACAUGGACAAGUUGACCAAAUUUUGCCACACCGGAAGUUUGGAGGUAUAUCAUAGCGUCAUGACCAAGUACAUUCCCAAACGCAUUCACUUCUCAAUUCUGGGCAUGAUUGGACGCACACAGCUCGCGGCACUUGACCACAACUUCAAUGUCAACCGUCACCAUAGCAAAGCCAAAAAGACCGGGGAAGGAAGGUACAAGGUUCAAUUCUCAAGGCACAAAGGAGAUUACGUGGCCAAAAAGAUAUAUGACAGAAAGAGCUAUGCGUACGUGGACAAACUCAUGUGUGAUGUUGUGGCGGUUGCACAUGGCGAGCUUGAUGUCCCUGCCUUGGAGAAGCGCGUCUCCCUGCCGAUUUCCAGGCGGAACCCUCCUGAGAAGGCUGAGGUGGUGGCAAAGUUGACAUCUAGAUUGGAAAAGAAAAAAGCCUAAGGAUUAGGAUAUCUUUGCCUGAUGGUGUUGACAACGCAGGCUGGAAUUCGACAACGAACGUGCUUGCCCAGCUUUCCAUGUACAUACAAUGUGUACUGCCUGUAUGCCGCAUAGCGUAGAGAUCUCUGCACAAGCAUAGGAUUUCAUAUUGAGUGUGUAUGUUGAGUGCUCGGACACAUACCACACUGCUGUACAAUAAUUAUAGUCAACUUCCCCUUUACUCUUCAUGUACAUAUCCCUUGUGUUGCACGUACAUGUACCCGCCUGCACUAUCAGUGCACCUAUAGGCCGAUUCAUACUUCAUGUCGCGAACGGGAAAGCCAUCGGCGACCGUCACGAGACGGCUUUCUCAGACCGACUUUUUCGCGACGCGUUUCCCGUAAGCGAAAUGAAGUAGAAUCGUAGAAUUUCACUUGUUGAUUUUAAAUUGACGUCCAAUUAUCUGGGGUUGGACACUCAUUUGAGUGCAUUCAAUAACAUACAUGUAGAUUUCUUCGUCAGAAUGACUGUACAGAUUCUAAUUCUGCCCAUUACCAAGUGACUCUCCCGCAAGAAUUUACGCAUUAAUUUUGGUGUAUACUUGUAUGCUGCUGCUAUUGCUGCAAGCCAUGGUACAUGUAUACUACUGAUUUGCGCACAGAGUUGUAUAUGUGAUCUUCCACGGCUGUGAGCACUCAAUCCCUAGUCCAUAAUUAAAGGCAAAGUCCAGCUGUUCAUUUACAUGGCGGGAAUCUGCUCAUUUCGGGUUUUUGAGAAUUGA